AUGGAUUCUGAUAUUUAAUAAGAUUUGGCUUAGACUUUAAUGAGGUAGCUAAUAUCUGCUUAUUAAACAAUUUAACCAUCUACAUAUGACAAAAUUAUGCAUAAAUUAAGAUUUUUUAAUCCUUUGAAGAUUACCAAAAAUAGAAAAUUUGGUCCAAUCAUUUUGGCAUCAGUAAAUCUAUUGAUACAUUAUCUCAAGCAUAAGCAGAUAAUCUCACCUCAAAAUUUUAGAAAAUUUUUUACCCUUAACAUUAGAAAUUUAACUGAAAAAAGGUUUGUUAAUUUAAUAUCAUAUGCGUUUACUCAUGUGUCGCUUCCACAUUUAUUAUCUAAUAUCCUUUUAUUCUACGGAUACAGUGAUAAUAUUAGCAAAUUAUUAGGCAUCAAAAAAAUGUUUUUGAUUUAUUUGACUGGUGCAUUGAUAGGAGGUGUGAUUUUAUACUGGUAAUAAAAGAAGAAUAGAGACUAAUCAAAUUUCAAUGGCUCAAAUGCAGGUUACACUGCAUUAGCAGGCUAUACUGCCAUGCUCUUACAAAAUUAUAAUAGACAAAUGGUUGGUAUUAACAUACCUGCUUGGUUUGAAUGUCUUAUUUCAGUAUUAUUAUGUAUAAGCUAGUAAAGCAACGACUUUAAAAAUAAAGGAGUUAUUGAAAUUACAGGUUUUUUGACUGGUAUAUUACUAUACUACAUAUAAUAAUUUAUCCCAUAAAAAUAAUACCUCAAAAGAGACUUAGUGAUUAGUAUCAUAUGA